GCCCACAACAAUCUUACAGACGCACAGCAGUCGAUUUUUGUAGGCGCACAGCAGCCAAUUUUUAUAGGCGCACAGCAGCCUUGUAUGGGCGCACAGCAGCCGGUCUUUAUAGGCGCACAGCAGCCUUGUAUGGGCGCACAGCAGCCGGUCUUUAUAGGCGCACAGCAGCCUUGUAUGGGCGCACAGCAGCCGGUCUUUAUAGGCGCACAGCAGCCUUGUAUGGGCGCACAGCAGCCGGUCUUUAUAGGCACACAGCAGCCUUGUAUGGGCGCACAGCAGCCGGUCUUUACAGGCGCACAGCAGCCUUGUAUUGGCGCACAGCAGCCUUGUAUCGGCGCACAGCAGCCGGCCGGUCUUUACAGACUCACAGCAGUCUU